CUUCCGUGGAGACUGAUGAAGGAAGAACUAUUUUCUUUUAUUCUUGCACCUUCACCAUUUUUAUGAACUCCAGAUUUUGUUAUUCUGGUCUGUAAGAAAUCAAAAGUCGCACGACAAACAUGCAGUACGCCGCAAUCAUAAGCGGUUUGUGUUUGAUAAUAUCAGAGUAUGUCCAAGAAGCCGGCUCCGAGGUUUCCCUGAAUUUCCUCAACCAAAACGGACUGGUCGCGACGCUGGACGGUUACCUGCCCCGCUGCCCUGGGUGUGUGGUGUUCGGGAGAGAUCCGCUCUACGUCUACGGCACGAUGUACGUGCCGAACAACAAGCUGAGCCUGAUGAACAGAGGAAUCUUUUACCUGGAAGUGUGCGGCUGGAACGAAGACUGUCAGAAUUAUCAAAAGCAGCACAACAAGUACUGCAGCUUUCAAAAACAUUUCGUGACCUCCUGCGAACGAGAGAAAUCCACCUCCACCAACUGCUACUGCCACGACUUCGAGCCCAAGAGAUGGUACGCCAGGAUCAUCCCAGAGGCCUUCGUCAGGCCGGAUAUGACCAUACGAUUUCUGUUUGACACGGACAUGAACUCCAGGGCCGCGAGGGGCCCGUACAUUAAAAACCAAACUCUAUUCAUCAAGGACCUCAUUGACCUUGGUUUCAUUGGUUUUGGUUCUAGCAGAACUGGUCGAUCAGCUAACAGAUCCUCGUCUAGUCAUGAGGUUUUAGACCGGCAUUGAUCUCAAAGGUUCUAGCACUGUGCUGAUGCUGGCUACAACAUAGGAUGAAAAAACACAGUGUCAAUGUUAAAUUGCACUAGAGUAACUAAUAUGUAAACUUGGCAUAGGUUAGAAUUGGCACUAAUUAUGGUUUAAGUUUGUGAAUUAGUAAGCACAUAUUCAUUAAUUAGUGGUUUU